GUUAUUGUGUCUAUCUUACUUACUUGCUGUGGGAAUAUAUUUGCAAAAGCAUUUGUGUUAUACCUUUAAACUCGCCUCUCAUCACCAUGGAAAAUAUAUAAACACACAUUUUGUUUUUGUUGGUUUUCAAGCAGACUUGUGGCCAAAGUCCAACAUCACAUAGAUGAGAGGUUUCAGGAAGUGAGUUUCGAGACUUGGUGAAACAGAGAAUCGCCGUGGUGUACAGAAAUGGCACUCAGCUUUGCGUUGCUGCUUGCCACUGUCACACCUGUCACUGCUGCCGAAAAGACAGGUAUCAUUGAAAGCCUUCUGCAGGCAACGAUCCAGCGCCCCUGGCUGUGGUCGGUCUAUGUCUUCAGCGUCGGACUUCCAAUUAUUCUAUUCAUCAGUUUCAUGUGGCCUGACAAGAGGUUCGGGCCUCCUGAUCAACAGUAUUACUACAAAAAGUCUGAUGACAUUCAACCAGACGACCCCGAGGUGUCUCGUGCCACCAAGUCGACAGAUGUCACGGGUAACGACAAACCAAAGAAGACAGUAUUAAGAAGAAAAGACGCUCAUGGUGACCAGAGGAAGUCUUAGAUUGACUGCAGCUUUGAUGUUCUUGUGACAACAUAAAAUUAGGCCAAUAAAACAUUUGACUGUG